UCUCUGGCGUCCCCCACAUCUGCCCCAUCAGCCCCAUCUCACACACAUCGCCGCAAGCAUUUUCACCACCACCACCUCGCAUAUCCACACGUACGCCGCAGAUAUGGCCGAGACAGCACAGACAGCGCGGUCACUGUACCGCAACCUCCUCCGCUUCUCGAACCGCUUCGCCGCCUACAACUUCCGCGAAUACGCCAAGCGACGCUCGCGCGAUGCGUUCCGCGAGCACCGGCUGGAGCAUGAUCCCCAGCGUGUCCAGGAGCUGAUUGCGCGCGGUCAGCGCGAUCUCAAAGUGCUGCAGAGACAAACCAUGUUGAGCCAGUAUUUCCAGCUCGAUCGGUUGGUCGUUGAGGGCGGCGCUUCGGGAAAGCAGAAGGGCACCAAGGGCGAUAUUGCUAGACUGAAGGAUACUGGUUGGGACUAAAUGGCUCGCAUCAAUUCAUCCGUCCAGACUGGAGUUCUUUGCAACGUUGUACUUCAUGAAUAAGAAAUCAUUUCCGAAUUCCCCGGGCAUACAUAUGUGCACCCGGAAUUCCUUGUGCAUACAUCAUAUCACCUCUCUCUCUCCGUGAUGCAAUUUGAAGUUACCGACUUGAAAGGACUGGAUUUAUUUUCUCACAGUGUACCAUCCUGGCUGUGUAUCGGAGUUCCGGGCUGGAUUGUCGCAGUGGCUACAUGGUUAGAGGGGUGAACCCGCCAGCGGAAUCAGCUACGCCUAGGUAUCACAGAAGGAUUGAUGGAAGGAUCAGGCAGAUCUUUGUA